AAAUUUUACUGUGUGUUUGAAUUAUGAGACUGCUUUUGUUUCCUUGUGGGGAUGUUCUUCUGGAGCCCAUGGCUGCUUGUGGGAUCAAGUUUCAAGCGUCGUGAUUGGCUCUCUCUCUCUCUCUCUCCCUCUCUCUGAAGAAGAAGUUCAAUAAGGAUGAUGAUAUACAAGAAUACCUGUUGAAGAUGAUCGAAAGCAUAGAAAGAAAGAGAGAGAGAAAGCUGGUGAUAGAAAAAAGCUGAAAGUUUAAAAGCUAAUUAGAAAAGAAAAGAAAGCUAAGGUAACCGAAAGGGGAGAGCUUUUUUUUCUUCCUCUAUGUCCUAGCAGGGCAGUAGGCAAGUCUUCUAGCUGUAUCUUCUCUCUGACCCACCUCUCUCUCCUUAGUUAUCACUUAUUAUUAUUAACCUUUAUUUAGAAAGUGUGGGAGGGGGUGAUUGCUUUCCUUCUUAGGCUUAUAUUAAUCACACAAAAGAGAAAGUGAGAAAAAUUCACCCAUGUUAGGCAAUAACUCUUCCUCCUCACUCCCUUCUUCUGAGCCAUUUUCUUGCUUAGAAAACGGUAAUAGCAACAAGAGGAAAAGACGGCCGGCAGGAACUCCAGAUCCGGAUGCCGAAGUGGUCUCUCUCUCGCCGAAAACGCUGUUGGAAUCGGAUCGUUAUGUGUGCGAGAUCUGUAACCAGGGAUUUCAGAGAGACCAGAACCUUCAGAUGCAUCGGCGGAGGCACAAGGUGCCGUGGAAGUUGCUAAAGAGAGAGAAUCCGGUGGUGAAGAAGCGAGUUUUCGUUUGCCCAGAGCCGAGCUGCUUGCACCACGAUCCCUGCCACGCGCUGGGUGAUCUUGUUGGGAUAAAGAAGCAUUUCAGGAGGAAGCAUAGCAAUCACAAGCAAUGGGUCUGUGAGAAAUGCUCCAAAGGUUAUGCUGUUCAAUCCGAUUACAAAGCCCAUCUCAAAACCUGCGGCACUAGAGGCCAUUCUUGUGAUUGUGGCCGUGUUUUCUCAAGGGUGGAAAGUUUCAUAGAGCACCAAGAUGCCUGUAGCAUGGGUCGUCUCCGGCAUGAAUCACAAGCACUCCAGCCAGCAUGCUUGUCUCGGACGGCAUCAAGUCCAAGCCCAUCCAGCGACACAAAUUUCAGCACAGCUCCUUGGCCAGCCGCUUUAGUAAUGCCAAAGCUAACACAACCUCCAGAAACCACCUUCUUGAAGAACCCUACUGUGCCAAACUACCACAAUCUGGACCUUCAGCUCUCAACCACAUCGAACUCCAAUAUUGAUGCUGCGGCCUCGGUUUCUCCUAAAAGAGAUGACAAUCAUUCCACCCAUCUUCAGCUCUCCAUUGGGUCGUGUGAAUUUGGAGAGAAAAAUGAAUCAAACAGAAACUCCCCCAAGGAGAGCAUUACGUCAAGGCUGAAAGAACAAGCCCGCGAACAGCUGAGGCUAGCCAUAGCGGAGAAGACAUACGCUGAAGAGGCUAGGCAGCAAGCUAAGCGGCAGAUUGAUAUGGCAGAACAGGAGUUUGCAAAUGCAAAGAGAAUCAGGCAACAAGCUCAGGCUGAAUUAGACAAGGCACAGGCUCUGAAGGACCACGCAAUCAAGCAAGUCACCUCCACUAUUCUUCAAAUCACCUGCCACGCUUGCAAGCAGCAAUUUCAAGCGGUUGCUUCCGAUGAGAACUCUCUGGUGUUGAGUUACAUGUCCGCCAUAACAACAGAAGGUGAAGUGGAGAACGAUAUCCAUCGAACUGAUCAUCUUGCAAAAUCAGCUAACCCUUAACUAGAUCUCUCUCUCUCUCUAUUUUUCUUUUCUUCUAUCUAUUUACCAAGAUAUACCAAGUGAUGGUGUUGCUAUUGUGGUUGAUCAAUUAUCUCAGGUUGAUUAGAAAAAGAGUGUUGUUGUAUCUUGCAAUUUAUGUGAUGUUAUUUGUUCAUUAAUUUGGUAAAUGCAGACUAUCAUAAUGGUUAUUUUGAUUUAAGCUUU